UCUGUCGUGGGGGACGUGCCAGGCUCAGGGAGGUUUGUCAGAGAGGGAGGGGUGCCAUCAGACUGCCCACAGACAUGCUCAGCAUCAAGCUUCCCCAGCUUUUUGACAUCCACCAGGUCCCCAAGGUGUUCCAGGAGGACAGCAUCAUCUCUGGAUACCGCCACCCGCGGAGCUCUGCGCUGGACUGCGUCCUCAGCAGCUUCCAGAUGAACAACGAGACCAUCAACAUCUGGACACACUUCCUGCCAACAUGGUAUUUCCUGUGGCAUUUCAGCGUGCUCUGCUCCAAUAUGAACUUCCUGACUGACAGCUACACCUGGCCCCUGCUGGUGUACAUGCUGCUCAUCUGUAUUUACCCCUUCACCUCCAGCUGUGCGCAUACCUUCAGCACCAUGUCCCCGGAGUCCCGCCACAUCUGUUACUUCUUUGACUACGGAGCACUUAGCCUCUACAGCCUGGGAUGUGCCAUAAGCUACGGAUACUACGUCAUGCCCGACUGCUUGGUCAACAGUUGGCUCCAUCGUCAUUUUGUCCUCAUUGCCGUCGGAAACACGUUAUUCUGUACCAGCCUGUCCUGCUAUUCCAGGUUUCUGGAGGUACAGUUCCCACAGAGAAGUAAAGCUCUACGGACAGGAGCAUUCGUCCUCCCAUUUAUAUUUGACACUGUGCCUCUGUUUUACAGGAUCCUUCUGUGCUGUGGGGGGAACUGCAGCCCAAGCGAGGCAUUAUCUAGUCACUGUUACCACCUCCUCUUUGCCUUCCUCACCUGUUUCCUGUUUACCGCCCACCUCCCGGAGAGGUUGGCCCCAGGGCGCUUCGACUACUUUGGCCACAGCCACCAGCUCUUCCACAUCAGCGCUGUAGUGGGGACCCACUUCCAGAUGCAGGGCGUGUUAGCAGACAUGGCAUCACGGAAGGCGUGGCUUGUGGACCACGGAGCAGUGCCAUCCCUCCUGGGGACCAUCGGGGCGCUGGUCGUCAGCCUCGUUCUCAACCUGGGCAUUAUUGGUAUUUUCAGCGCCCCGCUGCUGUGGAAAUCCUGCCACAGCUCCAACCAGCCGCACACAUCGCCGUGUGAGCGCAAGGAGCAGUGAGGCCGUAUUCUCUACCAACAGUCACAAGAUGGCUGAUUCACUUUCCAAAGGAAAGGUUUGAGUCUGUCUCAGCAGUGUCUGUUUGAGAUGACUGUUAACAGUUCAUGGUAGUGCUUGUUUAACACCAACAGUUUUAUCAUUCAGAGAUAAACAUUUUGUUUAGUGCUAAACCGUUUUUCGAACAGCGUUACACACCUGAAGUAUUUGUUCAUGUGUUUACUCAGAAGCUGAGGACCCAGUUACAUUUAUUGAAGCCUUUUUCUGUUGUUACAUUAAUUGGCAGUAUGUGAAAAGCUGAAAACACGUCUACCAUGUACAAAUGUCUGUUUAAUUUAUUUUUAAUGUUCCUCAAUGAGCAUUUAAAAAAAAAAAAAGGCUCUGGGUUGAAGGAAGCAUACUGUUGUAACACAUAGUGAGUGCCUUAUUGUAGACCUACACUUCAUUAACAGCGUUUACAGUAGAUCACUACAAGUGCAAAUCUCAAACUGGAAACAUUUAAUGUCACUGUUUGUUUUUUCCCAAUGCAUUUUGCAUAAUAGGCCAGAAUCUCCUUUUCUUAAUUAAGGAUGUAUUGAAAAUAUUCUUUCUAACUGGCCUAGUUGGUUAGUGUUGUUGUUCUAUGAAGCGGUAUUCAGCGUGAACAACUUUCAUUCAACUCUACAUAAUAUAAUGCAGAUUGGAUUGCCAGCUCUUAUAUAUCCAUCUAUUGAUUCCACUGUGCACUGACUGGAAUUGAUUUGCAGGCCAGUGUGGUUCUUUUCUGAUUGCCUGCCUUAUUAUAAACCCCACAAUCUGCCCUUAACAGAAAUUUUUUUUUUACUGCACACCAGUGAUUAAAAGAAUGGUACCUUAUUUAUAAGUGUAUGUUUCCACGGCAACGCUAUAGCGGUCUGAUGCCCCCUUGAAGGUCCUCAACAAUUUUUAUGUUCUGAGCAAAUUGCACCAUUCUCUCUUGUUCCGUAAAGCAUCAUAAGAUCUAUUUUGAACAUCAAUCAUAUACAGUAGCACCUAUAAUCACAGCCAGUUUUGGGCCAUCGGGCCAUCGGGCCUUCUCCCACCCCCCACCCCCCAAAUUUAUUUAUUUUUUUUUAAAAAUCAGUGAUUGUAAUUUGACUUUAAAAGUGUUUUAAAUAUUCCAGUACAAUCCGAUUUUCCAACACUUGUGAUUUAUAACAACCAUUGGUGGAAUUAAGAGAAGUGGAGAGAGAACGAGUGCAUUUAGUUGUAGUCUGGGGUCGUAUAAAUGCGGGGGACUCGGCUUUGUGGUGUUGCAGUAUUUUGGUGCAGUUGAUAUAACAAAGCAGUACACUUCAUAUAUAUAUAUGUAUAUAUACUGUGGUUAUCUUGUCCCAUGAGACUGUUGUUUACAUUUACCACUGAAAUAAUACUGCUAUCUAUUUAUAGAAUGUGAUCAUAUUUAUUGCUCGUUUUGGUGCAUAAACAGGAAUGAAGAGGAUGUUUUUCUUUUACUACUAUAGAAACGUAACUACAAUUCUUAACAAGGUAACACUGAAAAAAAAUUACCCUCUUUUAAGGUCAUUUUUCACUGUUCCUGAGCCCUUUGUUAAAACAAGUGAUGAAUAUGCAGACAGGUCAUUGUAAUAAGUUUCCAACACUAAUCAACAUUUGUUUCAAGAGUUAAAAAAAAAAAGGUUUGUGUUGGAGUUCAAACAAUUAGUCACAAUUAGUUUGAAUUCAUUCAUUGCAACUAUUUUGAUAUUCGAUUGACAGUAAUUUUUCGGUCAAAAAUGUCAAACAUGCCUCUUCAAGUGUAGAACUUCUGUGUAUUAUAUAAUAACAAAUUCAACACUUUGACAAAGCUACCUUGGACUCUUAGAAAUUGUGAUGGCACUUAUUUCUAUAAAUUGAAAAUAAUAAGUAACUUCAGCUAUAGUCUAUAAUCUGAUUAAAGACAAAUUGCUGCACAAAAAAAAAGACACUUUAUUCCCGAAAAUUGUCAGUGGCAGAUUUUUUCCCCACUUGUUUUAAAGGAAUGGCUUAAUAAUGGACAAAAAUGACUUGAUAAGAUAGAGAUUUUUGCAGUGUAUAAAUAAUAUAAUUCAUUAAUAUUAUCAUAGAGGCCAUAGCAGUACUGUAUAUACAAACUGGCUAAGAGAUUAGCAGAGAAGUAUUGUUUAAUGGGAAACUGGGUGUCACACUAAACAUCUCUGUUGUAGCGCUAACGUGCAGUACUGUAGAUACACAUUUCAGCAUUGCUCAUUUUACUUGACAAACAGCUUGGAAGGCUAGUCUGUAUAAAACAAUGUUUUAACGCAUAUGUGUCACAAAAUUCACACUUAACUUCACCAGUAACACAAAGAGAUUAUACACACAACCCACAGAAAAAAACUAUGUGAAUAACACACACACUCACACAAACAAACACACGUCUUUUAACUAGAAUCUGGAGGAUUUUAUAAGAGGGGAAAUGUAAGUGAUAUUAUGGCUAUGAGGUGUGUUACAUAUCAUGUUGGAUGCUGAAGUGGAAAUGUCGGCGUAGAAUCACAAAGAGCACACAAACACACACACACACACACACACACACACACACACACACACACAGACGCACUUUUGUAUUAGAGAUGUGGAAUUUUUUAAGAUAUUUCCAAGGUUAGUGUGCAGAGUAUUAAAGUCACGUCGCCCUUUAUGCCACAGACAAAACGGAUCAGUAUUUGCCCUCAAUGUGGUUUCUGUUUUAUCUCCAUCCCUGCCGAGCGUCGAUCGAUUUUUAUUUUCUCCACAGUCAUCAUCUUACAGCGUUUCUCUGUUUGAUCCUGUUGAUUCUUGGAAUUGCAUCAUUACUGGCUUCUGAUGUGGUUCUUUGCUAUCGACCCAAACUGGUUUGGAACUCAUUAAUUUCUGAUAGCUGCUGAUGUUUUGGGUUUUUUUUCUUGUUUUUUUUGGUCAUUUCAUUAAUUUUCAGUCAUUCGGUGCCUACUGUUUCCUGCAAAGCCUCUUGUGACAGUUAUGAAAAACUCACAGUUGCUGAGUGUCGUGGCUUUCCUACAUUCAAUAUAUAUUGCCUUUCUGAAUUUCAGUUUUUCAUAAUUUUCACCAAAUUAUCAAAUCUGAAUUCAUAAUUCCAAGUGGACUCAUUUUCCAGACCAGAUCACUGUUACUUCAAUGGGUAUUUGCUGUGUAAACCUUGUUAGUUUACUCCUCAGUGGAUAAGCUGAUGCAGGCUGUAAUUAUCAGGAUAACUGGGCACUCUUUAUGUGACAACUUUUUAAAAAGAAAAAAUACAGUGUGUUGAAGGAUGUUUGAUAACAUGAAACAGCAAAGACGAGGGAGGGAUGAACCAUUUGAUACAAGCAGAAUUCUUCCGUGUCAAAAAAGGAAAAACUUGGCUUUAUUGGUGCCUUUUUAAACAUUUUAUACAACUUUUCUUUUGAUAUAAUGCUCCGUUUGUUCCUUGUCCAUAAAAGAAAAGAAAUGACAACAAACUACUUUUUAAAUGUAUAAAUACUUAUUUGUUAUUUGCUGUGUAUACUUUGUAAUUUGCUACUUUGUUCCACUAGAUUUGUGUAAUAAAUUAAGCCUUUUAUGAAUGUA